AUGACUAAUCAAGACGAUCAAUCAUUUCAUGGACCAUUAACACUAAGAUUUACAGGUGUUGAUGACGAAUCAAUAUCAGAAGAUGAAAACAAUGAUAUUACAACUCAAACUUCCAAUCAUGUUGUCUUCGCAUGUAAUGGAGAUACCAAUCAUCUUGCUGUUAAUAACUGUUAUGAAAAUAAUAACAAUCACGCUCGUAAUGUAUCAAUGUCGAUUCCGUACAAAACGUAUCUUGAAGCACGUGACCGUCGUUGGACGUUCAUUCCCAAUACAGAUGUGUCUGUUAUAAAUGUUGCUGUUAGUCGUGAACAUCAUUUUCGUUUGAAUCCGUUCUUCUCUCAGAGACAGCCAGAUUCUGUUGAACAGAAUUGGCUUGAUCGUCUGCAUAGCAGGUAUACAAUCACACUACGCCACGGGGAGUUUAAUUGGACGAUAACAAAAAAAUAUAAAGAUUUGGUUAUAUUUUUCGAACGGAUGAAUGUGUUUCAAAAAACGGCUGUAUUACCUAUUCCAACCACAUCACAUCGUGAAAUUCGUCGUCAGAUGUCCCAUUCACAAGCUAUUCAAGGCCUUACGUUAAAGCCUGAUAUGCUCGUCGAUGAUAAUGAUAUUAAUGACCGAGAAAAACUUGUCGCAGAAAAGUUGAAUUCAAUCGUGAAUCAUCCUGUUCUUUCAAUUCAUGUUGAAUGUGUUAAAUUUGUUGAAUCAUCUCCACUAUCGUUUAUACGUGAAUUAGGACGUAAAUACAAGGAAGGUAUUGUUAAGAAGAAUUCUGGUGGCUAUAGGCAAGGUUGCUGUGCUAAUCUCGGUGCACGUAUCAAAUGGUUGAAACGUUGGUUCAUCACAAAAGAUUCCUGGAUUGCAUAUUUGAAUCCGAAAACGGGUCAUGUACGUGCCGUAAUGCUUGUAGACGGAUCUUUUCGUGUACGUACCGGUCGGCUACAUACUGGCUCAGUGAAGAAAUUGUGUAUCUCAAAUUUAUCUCGACGAUUGAAUCUGAAUUGUCCAACUGAACGCAAAGCGAUUGAGUAUUUCGAUGAUAUUAAUCGAAUGUUAAAAACCACUGGACAAGAUUUUCAUAUCCAGCAGAGAUUCAAUUCAUAUGCACCCAUUCGAAUCAAUACGAAAUGUCAGUGGCUUGUCGAUGGCUCUGAUUAUAUGGAAGCUGUUGCUUAUGCUAUCAAAUCAGCAACGGAGGAAAUAUUUAUCACUGAUUGGUUUCUUAGCCCUGAAAUCUAUUUGAAACGUCCGGCAUUAUCGGACGAAUGGCGUUUUGACAAAAUGCUCGAAAAGAAAGCGAACGAAGGUGUACGAAUAUUUGUUCUAUUAUACAAAGAAGUCGAAUUAGCAAUUGGUAUCAAUAGUUCUUAUUCGAAAAGAAAAUUAAUUGAAGCGCAUCCAGAAAACGUCAAAGUGCUUCGUUAUCCGGAUCACACAGGACAGAAUGCAGUGUUAUUCUGGGGACAUCACGAAAAACUCGUAAUUGUUGAUCAAAGUAUUGCCUUAUUUGGCGGUCUAGAUUUGUGUUAUGGCCGUUGGGACAACUACCAACAUUAUUUAACUGAUUUCGGAAGUGCAUUACCAGUGAAACAUCAUACAAGUCUCAACGUGCCUCGAACACAUAGUGUUCCAUUAAUUCAUCAAAUCAUCCAAUCACCAGUAUCUAUUGAUGCACUCGAUCUCGAUGGCGGCACAUGUAAUCGUUUUAUUCAAUCGAAUAACCAGACUAAAACAAUGGCAGAACCGACUCCAUCACCAUCUCCACGUCCCAUUACAACUAGUGACCUAUUUUUUCCACCGAAGAUUGCUCAUUUUCGCAGUGAAUACCAUCUAAAAGAUCGUUUGAAAGAACCACCCACGUCCGACUCGAACUCGAAUAAUAUCAACGAUGCUCCAAUUCCUCUAUCACCGAAUCGGUCGAUAUCAAAAGUGCUUAGUGAUCAAACUUUCGACACGUUCGACCGCAGAAUGUCUCAAACGCGACGGUUUUCAUCAUCAGACAUCGAUCAACAAUCAGUUCACUUGAUAGAAACGCAACAGAACCGAUUAAUCGAACAGCAGAAAAAACGUCGAAUCUAUAAUUUCAAUCAUACACUUUUUUCGAAUAUUUACAAACGUACACAUCGUUCGUCAUCAACGGAUUCGCAUAUAUUCAUCAAUCCAGCGCAAAAUCAUGAACGGCAAGCACGUCGACGAAAUCAAAGUGUUAAAGAUUCAGACAUGAUUCAUGAACAUACCACGUCAGACAGUGUAUAUAGUAAAGCAUUAGAAAAAAAUACGAAUCCUACGGAAUCCCAACAAGCAAUGUUACAUUCACAUCCUCAUGCAUAUAGAGCAACACUUUCCGUACCAGAUGCUGACAAUCGACGAACAUUAACUGGCUCAUCGUCGCGUCAACGGUUGUCUUCCAGUGGAACAACAAUCGAUUCUCAACUCGAAAAUGGUCAAUCAAAACCAACGAAACUGAAUGUUGACUCAAAUAAUCGUCUGAAAAAACUCUCCUUUCUUACGGCUCGUCGACGAGCAAGUUACUAUCCAGCUGAAACAUCCAAUGGCUUAUCUGAUGAACAAAAGAAGAAACGAGAUGUGAUUUGGCCUUUGAAAAGAUCUUAUUCGUUCGAUACACCAUUUCAUCGUGAAACUAUCGAAGCAUUAAACAAAGAACAAAAUUUCUUAUCAACCGAAACGUACAGCGGAUCGCGUUGGGAAAGACUGAAACUUGGUAUUCAGUCGAAGAUUUACCGUUUUACGAAAUCGACCGAAGAUGUUUCAACACUAGGCCUUACACCAAUGACUCCAAUAAUCUCUUCCGAUGGUCAACCGAUCUCGUUCUCUAGUCGUUAUCUUGGUGCUAAUGUUGGUCCAUCUUUUGAUCGAUCUCGUUUGCGUGAUAAAAUUCGUCGUGUUACAUUAAAUUUGAAGACCAGCUGGAGACAACGUAGUGAUUUCAAUGAAUCAGACGAGUCUGAUACUGAUCGAAACGAUUCCUGUCAUGAUUCAUUACAUGACGAUAUGAGUUCAUUCAUAAGCUCUUCUUUGAAAUCAACACCACAUCAGCUUGGUCUUCAAGGUUCUUCCAAAUUAUGGUUCGGAAAAGAUUAUGCCAAUUUUCUUCUUCGCGAUUUUCGAAAUUUACAUCAACCAUUUCAAGAUCAAAUCGAUCGAAAUACAACGCCACGUAUGCCAUGGCAUGAUAUUGGCGCAAUGGUUUAUGGUCCUUGUGCACGAGAUCUCGCUCGGCACUUUAUUGAACGAUGGAAUUUUGUUAAACGACAAAAAGUUAAAGAUGAUGAUCGAUAUCCAUUUCUUUUACCGAAAUCAUACGGAACAUACACGCCGUGCCCGAAAUUCCUUUCCAAUACAUUCAAUUGUUCUACACAAGGAUUACGAAGUGUAGGCCGAUGGUCAACAGGUCGAGAUGAAAAGGAAGAAUCCAUUCAUAAUGCUUUUAUCGAUAUGAUUGCAAAAGCAAAAUAUUAUAUCUAUAUUGAAAAUCAGUUCUUUGUUUCAUUAAUCGAGGAUACUACAGUACGAAAUGGUAUUGCCGAUGCUUUAUUCAAACGAAUUCUACGCGCACAUAAAGAAAAAGAAACAUUUCGUGUAUAUGUUGUUAUGCCAUUAAUUCCUGGCUUUGAAGGUCAAUAUGGUACGUCAAAAGCAACAGCUUUGCAAGCCAUCACACAUUGGAACUAUCGAUCCAUAUCUCAAGGUCAUCAGUCAUUGUUAGCUCGUCUAGCAAAAGAAGUUGGUGAUCCACAUCGUUAUAUUUGUUUCUUUGGUUUACGAACAUGGUCAGAAAUGAAUGGACGUCUCGUAUCUGAGAUAGUCUAUGUUCAUAGUAAAUUAGUAAUUGUCGAUGACAAUCGCGUCUUGAUCGGAUCAGCGAAUAUCAAUGAUCGAAGUUUACUCGGCGAUCGAGAUUCGGAAAUUUCGGUUAUAUUUGAAGAUACGGAAUUCGUACGUGGAAUGAUGAAUAGAGUUCAUGUUCAAGUAGGAAAAUUUGCUAGUGGUUUGCGUAAACGAUUAUUCCGCGAGCAUCUGGGCGACUUUGAUGGAACACAAAUCAAUUAUCAAGAUCCAAUAUCUGAUUCGUUCUAUAAAGAUGUUUGGUUAUCAACAGCAGCCAGGAAUACCACGAUGUUUGAAAAGAUAUUCAAUUGUAUUCCAACAGAUUCAGCAUUUACAUUUACUCAAUUACGUGAGAUUCAAUCAGCUUCUAAACUCUGUGAAACCAAUCCUGAAGAAGCCCGACGUUUACUUCAAACGAUACGUGGUUAUCUAGUUUUGAUACCACAUAAAUUUCUUUCCAAAGAACAUCUCGGACCGAAACUACCAGCCAAGGAAAUUUUAGCACCAGCUUGGUUUUGGACGUGA